AUGGACCUCGCGGACCCUCCUUCCGAUAUCCAAAUCCCCAUGAUAACCUCAAAGAAGUCCUAUCGAAAAGCAUUAAGCCUCAUUGAUGAUGUCUGGUUCACCGACGCAACUAAAGUCGCCCGAUGGAUGGAUCUGCUUGGUGAUUAUGCUGGAGUCGAGCCUUUUGUAAUCGAUGGAGAGGCCCUCUUUCAAGUUGUUCUGGACGACCCUCUCCUCGCCAUCGGACGUGACUCCGACUCGAGCUUCCAGAUCCUACAUGCCUACUACCUUCUAGAGAUGCUACUUGAGCAGUUCAAGCGACGUAAUGCCAACUUCGAGAUCGUAUUUUGGAAAGAAAAUAGACACCUGACCACGAAAACGGGUGAUUCCCCGCUGGUCGUCGCAUCACGGGCAUUGGCGCGGGCAAUGUUGUUCGCUCAUCUUUUAAAGCUCGAGUUCAAAGUACACGUGUUCUUUGAUCAGAACGACGAUUCAUGGAAAAGGUAUUGCUACGACCGAAAGCCUAUGUUCGUCAUGACCAAUGACGGAGGUCUGAGCGACGAAAAUGCAACUGAACUCCAAGCAUCAAGGGCCUUCCAACAGCGCUCUUUCCUCCUUGGAAUACUCUCGAGCGGGAUCUCAGUAGCGUUGCUCAAAGGGGCCGAGUUUCGGGACUCGAAAAUUCUCUCCUUCGUCUUCGAAUCUCACAGCUCUUCAUUGGCCAAACUUCAUCUCGCCUUAAGCCCCAUUAUCCGGAAGGCGCAGAGAGAUCUUGCCACUUCCCUUUUCCAACAUUUCGAUGAUGACGACGGGGAAAGCAAUUUACGCCUCGCGACUGUGGCCGAUGGACAAGAGCAAAUGAACGACGUCGAAAUCUUCCGUGAUAUUCUGCGAUCUACACGAGCCAGCGUGGAACCAGAGAUUGCGUACCUCUUCAUUGCCCAUUCACUUUUAACUUCCUCGCUCUCGAUACACGAAAGGGCUCAGCCUCUGACGAUUCUCCCAGCUGAGUUACAGGCCAAUAUCACGGGUGUAUUUUUGCCUCGUGUGUUCGCUCACGCUGCUAAUCUUUUCACCUCUGGUCGCGGAUGCAUGGGAGUCGAUGGAAGAAUAUUUUCCGCACUCAUUCAUGUCGUCCUCCUGAAAAGCUGCUCGCUCUCCGAAGUCAUAGGGUCUCGAGCUUAUGCCGAGGCUCAGCAUAUUUGGGAAGGACUGCCAGGACCUGCUGUGGAUUUCGCGAAGUUUACCACGCGAUAUGGCAACACUUUAGGCCCCUCCUAUUCCCCGUCAACCAUCGCCAACCUAGAGACUUACCAUCUUCUCCCCUUUUCGCAUCCUGUGUUCGAUAAGCAGCUUGCAGGCGUGUAUGUUGAGACAGAAGGAGAGUCUGCCGAAGCUCCUUCUUCUCCCUUGCCGCGAUCGCCAGCGACUACCUUUCGCGACACCCGUCAUUGGCACAAUCAAAAGUCGAUUCUCCCUCCACACCUUGGUGGAUCCAGACCUUCCGGGCCUCCCAACCCACGCAAGCUGAAGGCUGAUCAGCGAUUCAUGAGCUCGAUGCAGGAUUUAGCCGCGACAUUGACUGGGGCGUCGGGUGGUAUGCUCCAGAGAAUCGUCAUCCCUCCUGUGCCUACCAAUAAAGGAGAGCAGCGUCAAAAGGUUUCAUAUGCGCGAGAGUCCAAGACAGCCGGCAAAGCCAAAACCCUAUCGAAGGCCGAUUCUAUUCGCCUUGAGAACCAGAAGAAGAAAGAUGCCGAAUUCAAAUCCGAAUCACUCGCCUGGUGGGCACGACAGCUUUCUGAAAUUUCAAGCCAGUCUCUUCCGGAACGCAUUAAAAAACUCGAAGAUCUUGGACGAAGCCCGCGCAUGGCGGUACGAGAGAUUGCACUGGAAAGGAAAUUGUGCCUCCUUGACGCCGAUUUUCGAACCUGGAUCGCAGACCCGGAGAGGGAGUCGCCGUCGGCAAAGGAUCUCUACUCUGUCUCCGUCAUGCGGAAGGUCAAAGAACUCUGCGAACAAGAGAUGCUCCCGCAAUCGGUGUGCAAGAUUAUCACCUCAGCCCUCACAGCCCUCAGUUUCUACGACCACUUCCACUCCACCACAUCGAAGAUUGCUCCAGAGGACCAACGUCUCAAGCUUUCGUUUAUUAAAUUGGUUGAUCGCAAGUCGGGAUCGCCGCUUUACCCAUUUAUGGUGAUUAACGAACAUCCUAUAAUCUGGCAACUCCGACUCUUUGGCGAUUACAUGGAUCGCAGUAUGGACAGCACGUACGACAAACGCGUGCCAUUCAAACCAGAUGAAUGGCAGCGCCGGGUUCUAGAUGGCAUUGACCAAAAAAAAUCUCUGCUCGUUGUCGCCCCGACUAGUGCGGGAAAGACGUUCAUUUCCUUCUACGCCAUGGAGCAAGUACUCCGCGAGUCCAACGAUGGGAUAUUGGUUUAUAUUGCACCGACAAAGGCGCUUGUCUCGCAAAUCGCCGCGGAAGUCUACGCACGCUUUAGCAAAAGUAUGAACGGAAAGAGCUGUUGGGCUAUUCACACACGGGAUUAUCGUAUCCACGAGCCUAUGGACUGCCAGAUUCUCAUAACUGUGCCAGAAAUUCUUGGUAUCCUGCUGCUUUCCCCGGAUUGCGCUCGCGUUUGGACUCCAAGACUCAGAAGAAUUAUUCUGGAUGAAAUCCACACCAUUGGCCAACAGGAAGGCGGUUCGAUCUGGGAGCAGAUCAUUUUGCUGGCCCCUUGUCCAAUAAUCGGGCUGUCUGCAACGAUAGGAUCGCCCGAAGUCUUCAGCGACUGGCUGGGUUCGGUUCAGGAGACCCACGGCAUUCAAUAUGAAUUCAUUGAACAUCGCACUCGAUACUCUCACUUGCGGAAGUUCUUCUACGCCAGUAAGGUCGGACAACAGAAAUUCUUGGGUCUUGACCGCCAUGUAGAUUCGAAACGCUCUCUGUUCUUGCACCCAGUGGGUCUCCUCGCCUUCGGUUGUCGGACUCUCCCACCGGAUUUCUCGCUUGAAGCAGGAGAUACUCUGACCCUCUGGGAAAAACUCGCGUCCGUGAAAGGACAGCUAGCCGCCACCCACGACCUUACAACCUUGCAACCCACCACUUUCUUUUCUUCGAACCGCGAUUUUUUACUUCAAGCUGAUGUGUUGCGCUACGAAGGACGCUUGAAAGCGCUUCUCACAGAUUUUAUCAAAUCCUGGGACCCGCGCGAUGCUUCCACGCCGAUCGGCCAGGUGGUGCUAUCACUCCAGGGUGGGCAACAAACAGAAGACAAAAAAGUUCCCAAAAACUUCGGAAAUGACUUAUUGGACCUUCUUGCAGGCUUGCAUGUUAAAGACCAGCUGCCUGCGAUACUGUUCAACUUCGAUCGAUCAAACUGUGAAUUCUUGGCGAAGACACUUUUCCGUGCUUUGGAAAUUGCGGAACAGGAGUGGCGCAGCGAAGAUCCCAACUGGAAAGCAAGGGUAAGACAAUGGAACAUCUGGAAAGAGCGCGAGAAGUUGCGUGAGCGCACAACGGCAAAGCAACAAAGGAAGAAGACUGUCGACGACGAGGACAGGGAUGUAUCUCACUCAUGGGAGGCUUCCUUCAAUCCAAAGGAUCCGUCGCCUCAGUUCUCUUUCGCGAACCCGCGUUCUUAUUCCUACUCAGACCUGGAGACCGAUCUCGUGGCCAUAGCCUGGGCCUGUACAAGCAUCCCGUGGGCGUUGAAUGCAUUGAGAAGGGGAAUUGCGGUCCAUCAUGCGGGAAUGAAUAAACAGUAUAGGUCCCUCAUAGAAAGCUUGUUCAGAAGAGGAUUCAUUCGUGUCAUGAUAUCCACAGGAACGCUUGCGUUGGGAAUAAACGCGCCAGCUAAAACAUCUGUUUUCUGUGGGGAUUCGCCUUUUUUAACUGCAUUAAUGUAUCGUCAAUGUUCUGGACGUGCUGGCCGCAGGGGAUUCGAUCUCAGAGGCAAUGUUGUGUUUUACAAUCUCCCUCUGGAUCGUGCACGACGACUUGUGCUUUCCCGACUUCCGCCACUUACGGGAAACUUUCCGCUGACGUUCACGUUGACUCUCCGAAUGUUUAGCCUGUUAGAUGGCUCUGAGAACGCCGAGGUCGCAGUUCGGGCUGUCCGAAGUCUCCUUUCGCUGCCCCAGGUCUCCCUCAGUUCGCAGAUCGGACACCACCAACUUCUCCACUACAUCCGCUUUAGCAUCGAAUACCUUCGACGUGCUGAACUUCUUGACGAUGUCGGAAGGCCGUUAAAUCACUUCACACUUGCGAACCAUUUAUAUUAUACGGAGCCCAGUAACUUCGCGCUUAUAGCGCUGAUACGCUCGGGCGUUAUCCGUACUAUCUGCAACCAGCCGGACGCACAACAGGCGAAAAAGGAUUUCAUGAUCGUCCUUUGCAAUCUUUUCGGGAGGCGCAAUCUGUCGAGAAUUUUUGGCCGAAAGUCCAAUAUUGACGCUCUCACCAAGGAACUUCCUUCUAUGAUCGUCUUGCCGCCCCUUCCAGAAAUUGCGCGAACAGCGUUAUUGGAUCACGACAAGCAAAUUCUGCAGAUAUUUCAAGGAUACGCACUUGCUUAUGCCACGCAGUACGCCGCCACACUCGGCCCGGAUGUUACCCUUCCCCUCAGUAAGCUUCAGUACGCUGCGAAAUCUGGCGAUAUCCAAGAGGAUUCGGUAUUCUUAACACACCUCAAGGAGAACGCGAUUCGUCCGUCCAUUCGAUCACUGUUUGUCGCCACCUCUGGUAUUGGUGAUUCUUUUCACUCUGUCCUCGAGCUUACACAGACCGCACUAUCGGGCCUCAAGUUGUAUAGUCAUGCCAUCCCGUCGAUGUCCCAGUUUGUCGUUGGACCAGACAAUGAGUACGACAUUCUUGAACAUGGCCUCAAUGCGUACAUUCUCGAUUUCUGGAUCCACGGUCAAGUAACCACGUUGGCCCGAGCCAAUGGGAUUCGGCGAGGAGACAUCUGGUAUAAUCUUCAAGACUUUUACCUUACACUGCUGGCCAUCCGGGCAUCGUUGCAGCAGCUCAUAACGGAAACUUCGGGCGUUGAAACAUCCCCAUUUGCGACAGCGCCUGACGUGCUGUUUGACCCUGCUGAGAGCGAACCCCUUCCAGACGACGAUAAGGAUAUCGAUGAGGCGGCCAUACAGGAAGACACUUCUACAGCGGAAUCCAGUGAUUCUACCCUGGUGAGCACUCUCUCAACAUCGGGGGCCACACGAGCAUCCGGCCUAAAUGCUCACGCCCGGAGACUCAAACAUGUCGGGAAGGCGGAUUGGAGGGUAUACGAAGUUUUGGACUCUGUAUGCACUGAGUUCGGAGAGAAGUUUAAGGCAAUGUGGGCGUAA